AUGGCGCUUCUGAGCAGGUACCCACUGGCCACCUUUUUCCACCUGUUUUUCCGAGUGAGUGCUAUUAUUACCUACUUGUUCUGUGACUGGUUCAGCAACAGCUUUGUUGCCUGUUUUGUCACUAUUCUCCUCCUUCUAUCCUUUGACUUCUGGUCAGUUAAGAAUGUGACGGGAAGACUCUUGGUUGGUUUGCGUUGGUGGAACCAGAUUGAUGAAGAUGGAAAAAGCCACUGGGUGUUUGAAGCAAAAAGGGUGCCUACAAUAGCUGCCUCCACUGAAGCUGAAGCUCGAAUCUUUUGGCUUGGUCUCAUUAUCUGUCCAGUUAUUUGGACAGUGUUUUUCUUUAGCACCUUGUUCUCCUUGAAGCUGAAAUGGCUGGCUCUUGUGAUAGCUGGGAUCUCCCUUCAGACUGCUAAUUUAUAUGGCUACAUCCACUGCAAAUUAGGGGGACAAAAAAGCAUCAGCAGAGUAACUUCAAGGUUUUUUGUCACAGCAGAUGUUCCCAAGAGACAGACAAGGAGAAUUUCAGAAGACCGCAUUGAAGAACACGGGAAGACAGGCACUAGAUAAUCAAAUGAGGAAGCACUAACAAGGAUGAGCAGUAAAAUACGCAUUUAUGAAAGCCGUUCUCCAUAUGAAGAUAUUUAAGUAAAGCUCUUCUAGAAUUAUGCCUGCAUGAAAUAAUAAGGAUUUUGUCAUUUGUGUUUGAGUCUUUAGAUUCUGACAGGUUUAGAGCCUUUCUUACUUAGAAGUUUCAUCAAAAAGCAGUUUGUAUAGGCAGAAAAACAAUGCUUACGGUUUAUACAGAGCACGCUCCUUUAAGAAAAAAAAAAAUCUGUCAACUAACCUGAAACUGUUGGAUUAUCUUAACCAAGAAUGAGAAUGUAAUCAAAAGAUGAUGCUCAUUUGUUCAAUUUUGCAACUACAAUAAACAAAGUCAAACUGCCUUUCCCUCUUGUACACAAUACUGAUUUCUCAAAGCUUUGAUUCCUCAAUAAAAAGAGGAAUUACAGUCACAAAGAGCCUCUUAGUUAUUAAAGAUACCGAAUGUUUAUUUUUUAGUGUUCAGGCUCAGGGCUGAGUAGAAGAAAGAACAAGUCACAUCGCAUGUCCACACUGUACUUGUGUGAAGCAGCCAGUUACGCGUGAAUAGUUAAAAUAUGUUAUUCUGAUACCUGUAAUAAAUAAAAUACUGUACUGGUACUAUAAUUAACUUGCCUGAACUCUAGUAGGUUUUUGUUUUAAAACUGAUGCCAAUUAUAAAGAAAGGAGACAACACUACACUGAGUUUCACUCUAAAUAUAGAUCUUUUCCACUGAAAGAUACUGAAAUGAUGUUAUUCAGUAAGAAAGAGAGCGGGCAUUGCAAUUCAUCCCAGCGCAGAAGGUGGGCCAGAGCCUGCUACGGGUGCAUAGUAGAUACAUUAGACACAACGCCCCAAUGUCCGCAAAGCGUAUUUUGUAUUCAGCUUUCUAAAGAACAUCUUGUAUACGCACGUCUUCAAACGCCAACUUCAUAUUCAGGUUAUUAGUACUAUGACACCGGAUGCAGAUUGCGCCUACGUAACACAGAUGAAGACUUGGUUUUAUAGUUUUCUAGCAAGCUUUGAGAU